AUGAGGCUGGGGAUUGGUACGUCAGAGAAACAGGAGGUGGUUCCUACCUCGGUGAUCGAUGCGGCGGCGACAGCAACAUCCAGCGCAGUGGCAUGUGCCGUAGCCUGUGCAUCGGGCAGCAUUCCAGCAUGCUCCAAGGCUUGUGAUGCAGCAGUGGGAGCAGCUGGUUCGGUAAACAAUCUUAUUGCCAAUUUGGAGUCGAAUGUAUUAUACACGAAACUCGAUUGCGGUUUCGGUGUUCCAUUUGCGAUAUCUCUCAUCGUGUUCCUUGUGACUUUCGUUCUCAGCCGUGGCUUUCCGACGAACAGUUAUCUUCUACGAGGUCUUGCUCUUCCAACUGGGCCCCCACAGGUUAAUUUAGUCGAUACUCUCUGCUACCGGAAGUCGAAGGACGAUCGAGACAAGGUUUUUGGCGUUCAAUCGAUUCUGCAGGAGCUGUCCUGCUUUCGCCUUCGCUCAAUCGACAAUGCUGCCCCACUGGAGCGAAUAUACAAACAACUUUGCAUUCAGCUCAUGGAAGUUACCGGCACUCUUCAGUUCUUGCUGCCGGCCACAACGAAUCACUUCCCUGGACAUCCAACGUGGGUACCGAACUGGGCAGCCGACUUUGACCCCUUCUGGCUGAAACCAACUCUCUUCAGAAACAAAGGUUUGCAUGCGACACCCGGCUCGAUUGGUCACUGGGCCUUGGAUCCAUGCAAUGAUGAUGUUCUCGUUGUUCGGGGCCGUCAUAUUUGUUCUGUCAAAUCAUGUUCUGGAUUUCGAGAAACGUGGAGCACCUACGACCCCAAAGAAAGAUCUCUCCAUUUAGAGAAUCUUCAGACCAUAUUUGCGUUCUGGGAUAUCUUCUACUCUCAAGAAGCAAUCGUGUGGAGGAAAUUUGAGGAAAGGAGUGGGUUUGGUUUGAUGAAGUGCAUUGAUCAAAGUGGGUUCAAUGGUUGGAAAAAGUUUUUGAGAAUGCACCAUGAAAAAGGACCAUGCAAGGUCUUAGAUCUGCUCUUGCAUGGAACUGAUUCCUCCCUGCAGAAAGAGCGCCCACAUCUUAAUAGAGGUGGGCCUUCCUUGCAAGAGAUAUUUCGCACACAUAUUUCCAUGUGCAAUAUUUUAGCCAGAACAGAGAAGAUGCUUUUUCAGGGUAGCAGUAUUUUUAUGGAAAAGACACGGGUCGACAGAGCCCUGGGGGUUUUUUUGGAGGCUGAAGACGACGAAUGGAAGAAUUGGACAGGCCUUGGGAUGAAGGGUAUCUGCAAUCGCAACGUGCGUGCGGGAGAUACGGUCAUGCUUGUUGCUGGGGUUUCCUCGCCGGUUAUUAUCCGUCGUGGCCCUACUUCAAUGAGACUUGUUAGCCCGGCGAUUGUCGAUGGAGCCAUGCAGGGCGAGUUCUGGGACAGUUCAUGGCAGGCUGAGGAACUUGAGCGGAUAUAUCUGUGCUGA